UUUUAGUAUUUAAUAUCAUUCAGCAAAAGUUAACAUAUAAUUAAGAUGAAAAUUACUAUUGUUUUAUACUAUUUUUUAUUGAAAUUCCUAAUUGUUUGUCUUGCUUUCAGAUUAGAGAAUUUUGGUAGUGGAGAUUACAGUGAAAAAAUCAGUGAAGAAAACAUUGGAAAAACCAUUGAAAGUAGUGGAGAAGACUUUAAAAAACCCACUGAAGGUGAUGAUGUAGACAUUGGAAAAUUUACUGAAGGUAGUGGAGAAGACAUUGUAAAAACCACUAAAAGUAACGAAGAAGACUUUAAAAAACCCACUGAAGGUAAUGGCGUAGACAUUGGAAAAAUUACUGAAGGUAGUGGAGAAGACAUUGUAAAAACCACUGAAGAUAACGGAGAAGACAUUAGAAAAACCACUGAAAUUAACAAAGAAGACAUUGGAAAAACCACUGAAAGUAACGAAGAAGAAAUUGGAAAAACCACUGAAGGUAAUGGAGAAGACAUUGGAAAAACCACUGAAAGUAACGAAGAAGACAUUGGAAAAACCACUGAAAGUAACGAAGAAGACAUUGGAAAAACCACUGAAAGUAACGAAGAAGACGUUGGAAAAACCACUGAAAGUAACAGAGAAGACAUUGGAAAAACCACUGAAGGUAACGAAGAAAACAUUGGAAAAACCACUGAAAGUAAUGUAGUAAGCAUUGAAAAAACCACUGAAAGUAACGGAGAAGACAUUAAAAUAGUUGGAGAUUAUUCUAUAGAUAAAACAUCCUUUAUUAGUGAAGGUAACUAUAUAAUUAUAUAA